AUGCACUUCACCACACACCUUCUCGCCGCGCUCGCCGCCAGCGCCGGCGCCGUCUCGGCCAGCGCGCAGUGCAGCAACUUCCUCGGGUCGUGCUCCGGCAUGGAGCUGCGCUUCCUAGGCGACAACGGCGGCGAGCCGUGGCUGCAUGCCAACGGCGGGUGCGGCGACAACAACGGCGGCAAGUCGUACGGCUUCUUCGACCUCAACAGCAAGUUUACCAACCACAACGGCAACCUGGCGCAAAGCGACGAGGGCGGCUUUGGGCACUCGUGCCGGAAUAUUCGCUAUGAGAAUGGCGUGUUGACGGCCGAGUGCGGCGAUAACAACGGCGGUACGCCGACUACGUCGAUUAACCUGAAUGAGUACAUUUGCAACAUCAACGGUCAGCUAGAGUGCUUCUAA